AUGGGAUUUUCUGUUCAAUUACAUGAAAUUUUAAAUCGAUUACCACAAUCUCGACAAACUAUGCUUUUUUCUGCUACUUUACCUAAAACUUUAGUGGAUUUCGCUAAGGCCGGACUUCAAGAACCAACUUUAGUUCGAUUAGAUGCUGACAGUAAAAUAAGUACAGAUUUAGAAAUGGCAUUCUUUCCUGUGAAACAAGUUGAUAAAGAAGCCGCUUUAUUAUAUCUUUUGCAUGAAUUAAUUAAAUUACCUGUAAAUUUAAAUCCUUUGGUGACAGAAGAUAUUACUUCAAAAAAAAACAAAAAUUUCAAAGGAAAUAAAAAUUCUUCAAAAACGGGACAUCAUCAAACCAUUAUAUUCGUUUCAACAAAACAUCAUGUUGAAUAUGUUUCAUCUCUUUUGAAAUUAUUUGGUUAUCAAAUUUCUUAUAUUUAUGGAUCUCUCGAUCAGACUGCUCGAAAGAAUCAUAUAAAUAAUUUUCGAACUGGUCAAACCGAUAUCUUGGUUGUGACAGAUAUUGCUGCUCGUGGUAUUGAUAUCCCAAUCAUAGAAUAUGUUAUUAAUUACGAUUUUGUAGAUAGUAGCAAAAUUUUUGUUCAUAGGGUAGGGAGAACAGCUAGGGCUGGUAAACGAGGAUGGGCCUAUUCUUUGAUAACACCUGAAGAAGUGAAUCUCCAGCUUUUUCUUGGUCGUCGCUUAUUGAUUGGUUCAAAUGAAACGAUAACACCUGAUUAUACUUCUGAUAUAACUUUUGGAAGUUUCCCUCCUAAUUCCUUUGAUCUAUACAAGGAAUGGGUAAAAGGAAAGUUAGGAGGUUCCAAUGAUCUUCAAUCUAUGUAUGAAGUGGCAAAAAAUGGAUUCAAGUUAUUUUGUAAAUCCAGAACAUCAGCUGCUCCAGAAAGUUAUAAAAGAGCCAAAGAAAUCAUUGAUCAAGAAAAUUAUCAUGAUGUGCAUCCUCUUUUUGAAAAUCAAAUUGACGUUGGUGAAAGAAAUCGAUUAAAUUUUAUAAAUACUAUUUCAAAUUUUCGACCGCAAGAAACGAUUUUUGAAGUGGGUAGCCGUGGUAAUAAAAAGGCUUCCCUAGCAUCCAAUAUAAUGAAACAACGUAGGGAAUCAGUAACAAAAAUAAUCGACGCUCAUAGAUUUUCCAAGAAUUCAACUAUUGAUACAGGAUUCACUAAUAAUUCAAGCAUAAUAAAUUCUGAUGAGUCAAAAUCUAUUGAUGGUAGCAAGAAGCGAAAAAUUGAUAACAAUACAAAAAAAAGUAAAAAACAAAAAAAAGAUCAUUUUCGUGAUGAACAAUAUUUUAUUUCUCAUUAUCAAAAAGACGCAAAUACAGAAAAAGGGUACGCUGUUACUAAAGGAAUGUCAUUUGCCGAGGAAUCAAGUAGGGUCGUAAUGAAUACUCAAGAUGAUGAACUUAUUAAUAUUAACCGUAAGAAAGGAUUAAGAUGGGAUAAUGGGAAAAAAAAUUUUGUCCGAGGUGAUGGGAUAGGUUCGGAUAAUAAGAAAUAUAUUAAAACUGAGAGUGGAGCGAAGAUACCAGCAACAUAUAAAAAUGAACUUCCAUCUCAAAAAUUAAAUCGUAGACGAUUCAAACACAAUAAGAUAAUGAAACCAAAACCUUUGGAUCCUUUCGCCAUAAAUUACGAAAAGAAAAAACGAAAAUUUUUGAAAAAAUCAGAAAAUGGUGGUGAUGUUAAUGAUAUUUCAUUAAAAAGUCAACAACAUAAUUCUAAAUAA